AGGAGAACCACACUGUACCUUUUUAAUUACAAUAUAAUAACGUGGUAUCCCAUUGUAGGUAUAAUUCACAUUUAUAAUAUCUUCUGUUAAGCUCAGAGGGAAUUAAAAUCUCCGUGUUUUUCAAAAAUGCACUUUACUAAAACAAAACAAGACAGUCUACAAGCCUGUCUAUCAUUAGUAUUGUGUCGGUUGACCCUUUUGCCACCCUGCUUCACUAACUUCUCCCGCUGGCUGAGAAGGAGGCAGAGACUCAGUUUCAGUUUUCAUAGGGGAGACGUGUGGUGGUGAAGCAGCUUUUCCAAACACUUCCACCACGUCUGCAGUCCGUACAGCGUACAGGACAGAGGGAGAAGACAAAGGAGCGUUUUAACAGCUCUCGUACCAUCAUGAGCGACAUCAAGUUGGCUCUGCUGGGCAGCGAGGGAGCUGGGAAAACAGCUGUUCUGGUGCGAUUCCUGACAAAACGUUUUAUUGGAGAGUAUGCUUCCAGUGCCAAUUCUUUAUACCAUAAAAGGAUGUCCAUUGAUGGCAGACAGUUAAACUUGGAAAUAUUUGAUUCAUGUUCACAGAGUGGAGGCAGCACAUGUAUCCAGGAGGAGCCUGUGAACUGGGCAGAUGGAUUUGUGGUGGUCUACAACAUCAGCGACCGAACGUCCUUCCUCCAUGCCAAGAGCGUCCUGCAGCAGAUCAAAGAGGCCCGAGAGGAAAGCAGUAAAGGAUUGGUGGAUGUUCCAGUGUUCUUAGUGGGGAACAAGCAGGACCUGUGCAACGCCCGGCAGGUAUGUGAGGAGGAGGGACGGUCCUUGGCUCAUGAAGAGUGCUGCCACUUCCAGGAGGUGUCUGCAGCAGAGGACUACUUGGAGAUAUCAAACCUCUUCACAAAGCUCAUUCGUCAUGUGAUGGAUAACCUCAAGCACUGUGCAGGCCGCAGACGAUACAGUGGCUCCAAGUCCAUGGCCAAACUCAUCAAUAAUGUGUUUGGUAAAAGGCGGAAGUCUGUCUGAUGGAGGAACUCAGUGGUUACUAAUCAGAAUGCAUGUAACUAGAAAUAAUGCUUUUUUUAUCAGCUUACAUUUUGUACUGGUUAUGUAUUUCAAAAUAAUGGCUUUACUGGAAUUUAAUGACACCUCGCAUUUUGGAAAGAAUAAUAUGUAAUUUGAUUUUAUGCACCAGCAGAAUGAACAAACAGUGUCCUUUUUAAGGAAAUGAAGCCAGAAUGAAGCUCUGAAAAAUUAUGUUGAGAUUAAAUGUUGCAGUUCAGAUGGUGUGAGGACAAUUUGCUAUACUGAUACUUUCACAGCCGUGUUUUUGCAAUACAAAAAGAAAGUAAUAUUUUUCAAUUCUAAUUGCGAUUUCUAUAUUUCUCAAAAGUCAGAGUAAAAUUUUGAAUUAAAAAAAAGUCAUUCUCUGCCUGUAAAAUUUUGUAUUACAGCUGGUUUGCUUUGAUGUUAAAGUUAUAAAACUUACAGUUGCUUUUUUGUUUUUGUUUUUUUAUUUUUCCUGAUUGGCGGUAUACUAAUUUACAUAAAUCUUUUGAAUCCAAGCUGUAAAUUCAAAACUAGCAAAGAUAAUUUUGCAGUGCUUUGUUAUUUUAGGCAUCUCACAACUUUGUAAAAAAGUUGUAUUAAAGGCACUUUUACAAACAAA